CUUUGGUUCCGCCUCUUACCGGAAGAGUCCGUGUUUACAGCGACACCACAAACCUUCGCUCCACGUUAGCAUCGUUCAUUUGAUAAGAAAGUCAACAGAAAUGUGUCUUGCGCUUUUAUAAUUAACAGUUUCAUGAUUUUUUCUAAAUCACGGGAUUCAUUUGAACGCCACGUCGUUGAUUAACGUGAUUAUUUGGAGGCGGAAGAGCUACUGACACGCAUAUAGCAAUGACGAGCUGGCUAACGUAGCAGCCGAGGUUAGCCCAGAUAACAACACUGACUUCCACAGCAGAGCUCCAGCCACUACAGGGAAACAGGUACAGGUGCAGGAGGAGGAAGAAGCUUGGCGAUGGGUGCGGAGAGCAGUGCGGUUCGGAGCUGCACCCUGGAGGAGCCGCUCCUGACUCUGCCCUCCGGACUCACCAUGUACUCGGCCAUGCUGCAGGAUGGGAAGCCUGCUUCCGUGUUUGUUCACAAGCGUGGCAAUGAGGACAAAGUCAACAAAGCUGCUAAGCACCUGAAGACCCUGAGGCACCCAUGUCUGCUGCGCUUCCUGUCCUGCUCAGUGCAAGACGGCGGCAUCCACCUGGUGACGGAGCGUGUACAACCCCUGGAACUGCUGCUGGACAGCCUCUCCCCAGAGGAAAUCUGUGCAGGCAUUUACGACCUCCUACAGGCACUUGUGUUUCUGCACGAGAGGGGUAAAUCAAGCCACAACAACGUCUGCAUUUCAUCUGUAUUUGUCAGUGAAGAUGGUCAUUGGAAACUGGGAGGGAUGGAGACCGUCUGCAAGUUCUCUGAGGCCACGCCUGAGUUUCUGGCCAGCAUUGAGAAUGUGAGAGAGGCCAGCUGCGUUCCUCCAGAGGAGCAGGUUGAAGGCUUUAAAAUGCUUCCGGAUAAAAAUGCUCACUCUCGAGACUGUUACUGUUUUGGAAUGAUGGUGGAGACCCUCAUCUCUCAGCUGAAUGGCCAAAUGUCACAGGAGCUGUCUGACAGUCUGGAGAAGACCCUGCAGGUGGGCCUGCUGAACUCUGACCCCUUGUCUCGACCUCCACUCAGCUCCCUGCUGACUCAUGACUUUUUCAGGAAUGACUUUCUGGAAGUGAGGGAUUUUCUGAAGAGCCUGACCUUGAAGACGGAAGAAGAAAAGAAUGAAUUCUUUAAGUUUCUUCUAGACCGGGUCCAGAGUCUCCCUGAAGAGCUGGUAGCUUCACGCCUUGUCCCCAAACUCCUCAACUCUCUUGUUUUUGCUGAACCCAUGGCUGUCAAAAGCUUCCUGCCUCAUCUCCUAAGGCCAAAGAAGGAUUCCAGUGGUGGUGUUAACGAUGAAGAAUGCCUCCUGUCUUCGUCCCUUUACCGUAAACAUGUGAUCCCUCAGCUUAUCAAGCUCUUCAAGGUCAAUGAGGAACACAUCCGGAUGGCGUUGCUGGCUAACAUGCACAUCUACGCUGAGUUCCUCUCCCACGAUGAACUCAAAAACCAGAUCCUACCUCAGGUUUUGUUAGGAAUGAGAGACACCAAUGAUUCCCUGGUUGCCAUGACGCUGCAGAGUCUGGCGGUGUUGGUGCCCUUGCUGGGGGCUCAGGUGGUGGUCGGUGGAGAGAGGCGCAAGGUCUUUAAACGCACCACACCCAACUUCACUAGGUCUACAGAGGUUACCCCAGAAACUUCACCUGUCCAUAUAGUGGGAGACUCCCACCCUCAGAUGGCCCAGCCUUCAAAAGUCUUGAAUUUGUUCCCCAGACCGCCAGGGACUGAAGGCCUGGUCCUGGGUCACAUGGGUAGCUUAGCAGGUCGUAGGGAGACUCCAAGAAGUUACCCUCUGCCAUCAAAAUCAGAUAUCAGUAGACAGAUGUCUCUACCUUUGAACGGCUUUCGUCAGGACACUGAGAUGGAGCCACUGUCAUACAGCCCAGAGCAGACUGACAGACUAGAAGGUCCAGUGGAAGACUGGCCUGACUGGAACGACCCUGAAGAGAGCGAGAACAGAGGUGGACAGUCAGUCCAGAUCCGCAUUCAGGCCUCGGAGAGAGAAGAUCCAGUCAACGGCAGACUGCCACCCCCGCACCCGAACUUGGAAGAGGAGCCGUGGGACGACUUUGAGGACACUGAACCUACCUCAGAUCUCUCCCCUACAGCUCCUUUAUCAGACCCAGUUAUACUCACACCACCCAGAGGGGGCGCUACUACACCUGUAAAUCAUGCUCCUGAAGCACUGAGACUGGCUUCCUCCAAACCCCUCAAAUUGACCCCAACACUGCGACAAUCCACACAGAGCAAGACCACUUCCUCAUGGGACGACGGCUGGGCUCAAGAGGAGAGCGAAUCAGAGAAAUCACACAACCCAUUAAACCCCAAGCCCAAACCUACAGUGCAACAAAGGAAUGGUGGGAGAGGAGGUCUGGGGGAGGAGUUCACCAUUAAGGUGAAGAAAAAGGAGCAGCUAGACCCAGAGCUGGAUUUGUUUGCUGACAUGGUGCCGGACAUCAAACUGUCCUCUCCAGCUCUGCUGCCAUUGGACGAGAGCGGUGUGAGUGAUGCUGGACUGUCUACGGCCUCUUCAGAAAACACUAAAUCUCUGCAGGUUGACUCAUCCAUUGAUACUGUAACGCUCACUGCCAAGUUUGCAGUUGACAACCUGACUGAGACUGAAACAGAUGGCUGGGGAGAUGGAGAUGACCUGAACUGGGAAGAUGAGAAUUCCUGGUGAUGACGUUUGAACCGUCUCCAUCUGGAGCAAAAGACUUGACCACUGUAAAACUCAAAUCCUCUAGAUGCACAAUUUCAGAGACAUUCAGUCAUUGAGAUGAAAGUUGCUCCAGUUCUCAUUUAAUAGCAUGAUGCAGUAAGUAUGAUAAUGACCGGCUGAGACUUUUUAUAGUCUACUCUGGUUGUUCCUGGACAUUAUCAGUCUGUUCAUUAAGAUAAAUUGCUUUUGAACUGGAAGGAUUGGAAGCUUAUCAGAUGGUGCUGGACAAAUGAAGCCAUUUUUAAUUGUUUGCCAACUGAUACUAUUCACCUCGUGAUGAAUGAGGAUCUUAAUCAGAGGUGAAUGUUAUCUUGUUUUCAUCUGCUUCUCCAUUGUUUUUUAAGGUGCCAACUUCACUACUGGCAUGAAAAUCAAGAUACACUUUUUGGCCAGGCAUAACUUGUGUCCAAAAUGUGUUGAUUUACAGAAGGCUUGCACUUUGAAUGAAUGUGAAAUAGAAAUUACGUAAUUUAUUAGCUUUUUGGUUGCUGGUGAAGUAAAGAUUUUACUGUAUCACAUAUGACCCUGUUAUGUUUUUUAAGACAUUUGUUAGAUUUAUUUUAUAAAGUAAUUGCAGUUGUUUAUGGAUAUUGACAAGAAGUACUUAACUUGGACUUUCAUAAAACAAGUUGAGAGAAAAAGCCUCAACAUGGGUAUUCAAUACAGGAAUUUCUUACAGCACAAUUUUGACAACUAAGUUAGUGAAGACUCCUGUUUGACUUAGUGCUAAAUAACAGCAAAUGAACAAUGAUUUGUAUUCAAACAAGUUUAAUAAACGAUAACAUCAAUUAA